AUUUCAUCAAUAAAUGGUAGUAAAGAAAAUGAUGACCGCUGCUCGGUCCUGAACAGUAAUCGACGAUUAUCUGAAAAUAGAGGCUAAUUUGUCUAUUAAAGAGCACUCUUGAGUUAAGUUUACAGAGGCCCAUGGCCCCGUUGCUUUGGUACCAUCUUGCUGGUUGCAACGUAUGUUGCGCCCGUUGAAGGACCUUCCCCGAGAAUCUCGUGCAUUUUUGCGAUUGAUGCGGUCGAUGUUGUCCUUCACGAAGUUUGAUUAUUCGAACAACAGCGAUAGCAACUCUUCCCAAAGCCGCGACGCCUCUCACCACAACCUGUCUAAGAAAGCCACGGACAAGAAUACAAGCGUGCGACUCUUCAGAUCGGCCCGAGGCGCACAUCCUAGCUAUCUUCGAAAGCUCGACAUGGAGGCCUAGGCCUAACGAGAAAGGUAACAUGUCGAUGAGUAGUAGUACAGCAAUGGUUGGGAGCACGAAGCAGCUGACUUCCCCAGCGAUUGGGAAUGAUGCCACUGCCCGCUUGGAGUUCCGGAAGAGCCUUCAGGCUUCGGUUCCUUACGUCGUGCGAUGGAUAAACAGUCUAAAGUUGCCGCUGAAUAACGUGACUCUGCGGAUGAAGGCGGGUGAGAAACAGGCAAAAGUAACUCCAUACAACUUUUUCGAGGCAUUGCAGAAUGGUCUUCUCCUGAUUGAGAUUCACGAAGCAACGUGCCAUGACCCUGAUCAAGCUCUUGUGAUUCGAGGCGUAAACAAAAGACCGAAAACGCAAGCGAUCAUGCUCAAAAACCUCGAUAUAGCACUCAGGUAAAGUCGUGCAGUGCUUGCAUACUAUACAACAUAGACACAUCAAAUAAAAGCUGUUGAGGAAAUUGACGAACUAUCUCUCCUUUCAAUUUUCCUUUAUUUAUGAUCCAGGGCUCAGGGCGACGCUGCCCCCCCUAGCGCAGGGGGGGUACCGGUAGCCCCGGACCCUUCCGGGAGCCGUCUGCCGGGGGUGGAAGGCCUCAAAAGGGGGCCAAGGGGCCUUCUCCGCUCCCUUCCAGGUGCCUGGCGGUACCCGACAGACCUCUGAGCAUGGUGGAAGGCUUCAAAAGGGGCCCAAGGGACCGCCUUCGCUCCCUUGCAGCUGCCUGCCAGUGCCCUACAUGCGCCGGAUGUGGAAGGCCUCCGAAGGCGCCAAAAGGCGAGGGGCUGGACCCCCUGAGCCGUGCGGCCUGUACCCUUCGAACCCUUGGGCAUCGGCUUGCUUGCUCUUGAAACCGUGGCCGCCUUCGGCGGGCUUCUACCCCGGAGACCUCCAGCCUGCGAGGGUCAGCAGAGGCCAGGAGGCCCCUGAGGAACAUGCAGAGAGGCGCAAGGGGACGCCCGCGCCCAGUUUUGACGCCUUCCGCCACUAGAAUCCGCGAAAAUCAGCGCGGAAAAGCGCGCGCGAGCGCCACCACAGACCACCAUACCACAGGGGGGGGUGCAGCCCUACAGCAUAUAUAGUGCCGCUUAGUUCGUGAUCUAGUACUUUCGUUUUUAUUAUGGACUAGAUACAAUCGUGAGCAUGCGCCCAUAGGUAUAGUAUCUUACGCCUGUCCUACUUGCGAGGGCACUCUUACAUUACGAUUGGGCACUUCCCCCAAAGAGUCCCUAUGGGCAGAAGCAGACGCUCCCUUUUGUGUAAUUCAGUACGUGAAAGACAUUAAAAUUAAGAGAGAGCUCAUCCCUGGGCAAAAUACUUUCCAAAAAUGAUCUUAGGAUGGCGAUCAUUCCCGCACUGCUCAUAUGCGUUACCUGAUCUACAUGAACGACCCCACUUUCCUUACCAUUUUAGUGCUGUACUUCUUCAAUCAUGACUGCGUCUCUCUUGAGACGAUUUAGGUUAAGGCGUCCGUAGAGAAGUUAUAUCGUUACCUCAAGUACAGUAUGCUGCUAUUGUGGGCUCGAUUCCGUUACUUUGGACAAUGAAUAUCCAGGUAUAUGUGGUCUCGGUCAGCCCGAGCAACGUAUAUGUGCACGCCACUGGACUUUUAUCAUGGUAACAUGACAAAGAUCCUUCCGUGCGUGCUCGAAAUGAUGCAGGUUUGGGUCUUCAAGAAAAAUCGGGGAAUGGCCUGUCGCUACUUGGUGGAGCUGAAUUCCAUGCUCGCACCUUUUUAUCGAGAUUUCUUGACUGUAGAUUGGGAGGACUACGACCUUGACGAAUGCCUCGUGGCUGACUUCGCUGAUGGAACCAAUCUUGGUAUCCACUUUCUAACAUUGCGUGUAGCUUAGCUAAGCUUCUGUUGUUCCCCAUCAGUACCUCCACCAGAAUAACGCUGCCGGCUAAUUCUGAAGAUUUUCUUGUUUUGUUCAUUUUAUCGUCGCCUAAUCAAUGCUGUCCUCAACCUCAUUAGCGAUCGUUCUCACGGUAUUGGGUCUCGUGAAGGAGAGCGACCUCAUUCCGAAAAUGUACGGGAGACCAAAGUCACAAGCAGAGUUUGCUUUUAAUUACAAGUUGGUGCUUUUCUUUCUGAAGAAGCUGAUGCCGGAUAUGCC